CUUUUCAAUUUUUUUCCCUCUUUCUUCAAUUUCCAAUUUUUCAGUUACGGACAUAACCUAAUCAUGGAAGACCCGUCAACCCAUGACCCGAUUCCACCUCCCCCUUCACAACCGCCACCGCCUCCACAGGCGGAGGUAGGAGUAUCUCAAUCCCCAUCGCCGCCGCCCGCACCGGUUACAGAAGUAGCAUCUCCACCACCAUUUGCAGAUUUUGUAGAGACAGCACCUCCACCACCAUUUGCGGAGCUUAUAGAGACAGCCCCUCCACCACCACCACCUGUAACAGCAGCACCAAAACCUCCACUACCACCUCCGGUACCAGCGGAAACUUCUCUUCCUCCUCCACAGAGCAAAAAAAGAUCACUUGACAGUAAUGUCCAAGUCCAAGAUUGUACCUACUUCAAGAUCCGUACUGUUCUUAAAGACAUACGUCCCCAUUUACUAGAGGUAAUUCGAACGGUGGAUUUUCGCUGUUGCAAAGGAGCUGAUGAACUUCGAGAAAGGUUGAAGCUACUGAUGGAACUAUACAAGCAGUUGAAUGCGGAAGCAGUUAUCACAAAGAAGCCUAAGAUUGAAUCAUUAGGAGGGCACCACUUGUCCAAUGAAAACGGGGCUGCGCAGAAAUCGCAGAAGCACCUUCAUGAUGUUAAGCUAUCCGAUCAGCCUCAAUCUGACCAUGUAUUUGCCAAACCGCCUGAGAAGGAAGCCAUUGACGCUGAGGUGCAAUCUUGUUAUAUAGGGGGAUCUGCAUUUGGUUGGAAUUUUAUUACCUUCGCUGGUGGUAAACCUAUCUACUACGGGAGAACAAAGGAAGAAUUCCAAGCUGCUCAAGUGGCUUCAUAGGAUGUUCUCACUCUCUUAUUGUUAGUUGACGGGACAAAAUGAAUAGAUAGCUCACUCCGAGUCUAAGCCUCACCUGAAAAAUCUGUGUACUGAGGUUUUUAGAUUUAGCUGUUGUAACUGUAAUUCUUUGUUCGACACAUUGAAUGAUUGUGCACUAUGCAAGAUUUUAGAAGAA